UUGAACACACGUGCCAUUGAAAAUAAAACAUCACACUUUUACAUGCAUUUGGGUUAUGGAUGACUUGAGCAGCCAUAAAGCAGACAAUAAGAAAAUGCAGCUGGAUUAGUAAUCUAAAUAUCAAAAGGACAAAACUUGUCAGGUGUACGCUUGCAUUUCAGCCGUACCGUUACGAAAGAGAAACUUUAUGCAGUUAUUGUGGGGGAGUGCUCUGUCACUGAAGAGUGUACGAAGUUAUCAACUGCUGCCUGCAAAGUGAAAAGUUUGGGAAUUAUAAUACGACCGUGGUGUGUGAGUGUGGCACAUUGGCCAACGUAGUGUUGCUUCAUUCGUAAAAUCCGUCCUUCAGUAAACAGAUAUGGUUUACUUAAACUGAUCCGAAGAAGUAGCACUAGCAGGCCAACAGCAUUAAUAAAGAAGGAAGCAUCUAAUUGAGCAAUUUCCAUCGAACUUCAAACCUGCCAAAUACGUGUCUGGAUACAACGGUGAUCGCACCAGCGGGACAGUGGAAAUAACAAUGGGGUGCCUGUUGAGAAAUCUACGGCGGUACUUACAGCUCGUGGCCGGUCUUGUAACUUUGACGUACGGGCAGAAUCUGGACUUAGAAUGGCCUAUAAUUCACACGGGACCAAGUGGGAGUAUGUUUGGUUAUAGUGUUUCUCUACAUCGAGAAGGCAGUACUGACUGGUUACUAGUUGGGGCGCCAAAAGCGCAAACGUCCCAGCCUGAUGUGAUUGAAGGGGGUGCAGUCUAUAAAUGCCCCACGGCACCACUGAAUGCGCCCGGGCCUUGUCAACAAAUACCAUUUGACACAGAAGGUCAUACUUUGGACACUAAUGGAGGUCAAGUGGCAGAUAAAUCUCACCAAUGGUUUGGUGCUUCUCUCAAAAGCUCUGGCCCGGAUGGCAAAGUAGUGGCAUGUGCUCCUAGAUAUACGUGGUUCUAUACCGCUGAUAUGAGUAAUGACGAAAGGGAACCUGUCGGAGCUUGCUAUGUCAGCUCAAACAACUUUACACAUUUUCGGGAGUAUUCACCUUGCAGGACAAAUGAUAUGAAACAGUGGGGGUUCGCUAAGGUUACCCAUUGCCAAGCGGGUUUAAGUGUGGAAAUUGCCAAAGAUGACUUACUAUUAAUGGGAGCGGCUGGAAGCUACUAUUUACAAGGUCAGAUUUAUGUCCAGAAUCUUACAACCAAUGAUCUACCGGCCAGCACUGGGGAAUUGUCUCCUGAGUUUGACGAUAGUUAUAGAGGCUAUUCGGUAACUCUUGGGGAAUUCGCCGGUGACAGCCGACCCGAAUACGUCGUCGGUACGCCACGUGGGAACGAUCUUACAGGCAAAGUGUCCAUCUUUGAUUCCGGUCUCAACAUCCUAGCGGAGCUCACGGGUGAGCAGAUGGCGUCUUAUUUUGGUUACUCCGUUGCUGCCGUGGAUGUCAAUGGAGAUGGGUUUGACGAUGUUCUUGUAGGAGCACCAAUGUAUGCUUACAGAAGCACAGCAGAAAAAUGGGAAGCGGGAAGAGUUUAUGUCUUCUAUCAAAAGGAAAAUCUUGAAUUUAGUGAAGCCAGUACUAUUACGGGUCAGAUGACACAGUCCAGGUUAGGUACAGCCAUUGCAUCUAUUGGAGAUAUCAACCAAGAUGGCUUUAAUGAUAUCGCUCUUAGUGCACCUUACCAUGGUGAGGAUCAAAGUGGAGAAGUUUAUAUCUACAUUGGAGGACGAGAUGGGCUCAAGUUAACACCUUGGCAGGUUCUGACUCCUGCCGGGUUAAACCUGAAGGAUAUUACAACAUUUGGAUUCUCGCUAGCAGGAGGACUUGAUAUGGAUAAGAAUAAUUACCCUGAUAUUUUAAUUGGUGCUCAGAACUCCGACACUACAGUACUUGUAAGGGCAAGGCCGAUCAUUUUAUUAAAAGCUGAUUUGUCCAUCAGUCCUGAGGGGAUUAAUUUAGAUAAUAAAACGUACACACUCCCUGAUGGAUCCAAAGUAACAAGUUUUGAAAUUACAACUUGCUUUACGUAUACAGGAAGACACAUUCCAGAUACUGCAAAAGUCAUGUACAAACUUUCACUAGAUGAGUAUCAAAUAGCUAGUCCGAGGGCGCUGUUCGCUGGAGGUGCCACACCUGGAACUACUGAACAAAUGUUUGAGAUGACGCUUACUAAAAAUGAGAGUUGGUGUCGAGCUAGCUUGGCGUAUGUCAAGCCUGUUAUCCGAGAUAAAUUCCGUCCAAUCUCGGUGACUAAUGAAUAUAGUCUGAAUGAAGAAGGAACAGCGUUCCAGCCUUAUGAACUGAAACCUUUCCUGAAAACGGACUCUAUGUCUAGCUCAAUGAAACAGGUGUAUCUGAAUAAUAACUGCAAAGAGAACAUCUGUAUACCGGACCUAGCAGUACAAGCAACAACGUCUCCAGGCUUUCUCCUGAUUGGUGGAAGUGAAUCAUUAAAUCUAAACGUUGUUGUGAAUAAUCAAGGAGAGGCUGCCUUCUUAGCAACCAUCCAAGUCAUAGCGCCACCAAGUCUUCAAUUUGUAGGAGUAGAACGCAAAGCAGUAGAUUAUCCAGUGACUUGCCGGAAUGAGUUUAAUACAGUCACAUGUGAUAUUGGAAACCCACUCAUGGGGAAGUCUCAGGUUAACGUUGUGUUGAAGUUCUCUAGUUUUGGUCUGAGUGGGGAUUUAUCAUCUGUAACACUCGCGCUGUUAGCUGGAAGUGAAAAUCCAGAAGACUCAACGAUGAUGGAUAACCAUUUUAAUGUAACUAUCCCAGUACAAGCUAAAGUAGAUCUCGUGCUCCUAGGGCGUUCAAUACCAGCCCAGGUAGCGUUUUCUCCAGAGGGCGCUGUUAAUCCUGAGAUUAUUAAAGACAGUGAAGCAGGGCCUUUGGUAAUCCAUGUUUAUGAGGUCAGGAAUAAUGGUCCUAGUAAUGCUGGAUUAACAAAGUUUGACAUCCAAUGGCCAAUGACCGAUGAGAAUGGCAACUAUCUCCUGUAUUUGAUGAAAGUUGAACCCAGCCAAGGGAUUAGCUGUGAUGUCAUUGGAAAGGUUAAUCCUCUGGAGCUUAUUCUUGAAGAGACCAAUCAGCUUAUCAAUGCGUCCAUUGGGAGAGAAGACAACAACACGACUAUGUUUAGGAACAAGAGGCAAGCUGAGGAACCCUCUAGCCAAACUGGGAACAUUGAUUGCUCAACGGGAUUCUGUCUUAAGAUCAGAUGUACCAUCAACGAAAUUAAAGGAGGUGAAAGUGAAGUCGUCAAGUUGUGGUCAAGAUCAUGGAAUAAUUCAUUUGUACAGAUGAAUUUUGAAAGGUUUGUGAUUUCAUCGGUAGCGACGGCUGAGGUCAUCAAUACGCCUUACUCAGUGGAUCCACUGGAACUUCCAAAAGCCAAGAUAGAGAUCUUGACGUUAGUUAGUCCAGAUGAACCUGCAUCAAAGCAAGUUCCCAUCUGGGUGAUAAUUCUAGCCAUCUUGGGAGGUCUUCUCCUUCUAGCUCUCGUCAUCUUUGCAUUAUGGAAGUGUGGUUUCUUCAAACGGAGAAAGUAUGACCCAGUUAAUACCGAUGAGAAGAGGGCUGAUUUAUGAUUGUUAUCAAAACGCUCAGCAAAACUCACUGACAAAGAUUACUCUUCGACAAAAAGAACCAAAAAGUUUGUAAAUGUACUCAUAAAUUGAGAUAAGAAACCUGAGGUAUAUAAAAGUCCAAUUUAGCUGGCGGUUGUAUUUAUAUUGCUGAAAUCUAAACAGGUUAUUUGCGCUAAGCAGAGUUCUGAAAGUCCAAUUUAGCUGGCGGUUGUAUUUAUAUUGCUGAAAUCGAAACAGGUUAUUUGCGCUAAGCAGAGUUCUGAAAGGCUAGUUAUGAACCUUUUGAAUGGCUUUACGAAAAAAUAGUCUGGCCCCCUUUCUACAAGAAUUUUCUUCUGUUCAUGAUGUGUACUGUAAACAAGGAACACCACCAAGAUGUGAAUAACUGUAAAGGCACAUUGAUAAAACACCCAGGCACAAAUUCAUAGAGUUGCUUAAGCAGGAAAUAUUGCUUGACAAUUGUCUGCUAAGCAGAAAUCAGCAGGAUACCAGUCACCAACUAUACAGGUGGUAAUUUGGCUGAUAACUUUUAAACCUGGUCAACAUCAUUUUUUUGUGGUUUUGCAGCUCUGUGAAUUUGGGCAAACAUUUGUGUUCUUGUUUUCAGGUUUCAACAGAUCGUUCAUUUUAAAGAGCUACUUAACCAGAUCAGAAAAUGUCAUAUAGUCGCUCUGUGCAAUGAAACCAUGUUGAUAUCUAAAUAUUUGUUCUUACACACACAAAAUUCAAUCGUUUUCAAUACUUGUUGGUUAAUGAUACGGUUAGGUUGUAUUUUAUAAUCAAGUUACAGGUAGAUGUAUUCCGCAGCAACAAACUAAACCCCUUUCAGUUUUAAAUCAUGUUUUCAUUUCCGGAAAAGUAAGAAAGUAGAAAAUGUCUUGAGUCAAGAUUUGAGUGAUAAGAAGAUUCUCUGUACAAGUAUUUGCCUCCCUAGUUGCACCCAGCUAAAAAAAGGGGAAGGAUGAAGUCUUCCAAAUUACAUCUGUAUAUAUCAGUACUAGAUGACAAUGAAGUGAGUUUAUCGUCAUCUUAUCAAGUCUUUAAGUUCAGUUAAGGGAAAAGAGAGCUUAAGCUUUAGAGAGUGAAUGUAGAACUAAUGACGCAAACUGUACAGCGUGAACUGCAAUAAAGAAAAGCUCGCUUUAAACGUGUGCUUGAGAUAUCUGUGAAUAUUUUUUUAGCUUAAGUAUUCAUAUAAAGUACAAAACGCUGGGAAGGUAAGUAAAAAAGGAAUGAGAAUGUGAGAAAAGACAGUGAAAAUAGUGAAGAGUUUUAGUUUAGGUUUAAUAUUUUUAUACUGUUGGCUUUUGUAAAGCAUCAUAUUGUAGGUGUAGUUAAAAGUUAAUUUGAUGUGAAUUCUUGUGAAGCCUUAAAGAUUGUCUAACAUUUUAACCAAACUAUUGUAUCAUUUUAAUCCAUGUUACUAAAAAUAUUAAAAUCUGAUAACUAGUUUUUGAAGGCUGUUGUUUUACUCAACUUUGUUUAACGAUGAAGCUGAAAGUCUUUGGCAUAUUUGAAAAUUUGUCCACGAUUUUGUUUUUCUUCCGAUAUCAAUCAAGCAACGUUGCGAGACUUGCUCCGACUCUUAUUCUCUUCAACUCAUUAUUUUUCUUAUCAGUUAAAACUACAAUCUCUGCAUACUAUGGUCUACGUUAUUUUCUUCAUACUUUUCAGAUGAGCCUAAAUAUGUUGUUUCUCUAAAUAGUUUUUCCGUGUUUUUAAGAACUAGUUCAAUUAAAAGAUUAACUUUUCGGAUCAAUACAAAGUGAUGGAGUUGAUUUUAGAUUUGUUUUCUUAUUUAGUUUACGAGGAAUUUGCUCUUUGAUUUUACAAGUUAAGUAAGCAGUUUGAACCUCAGAUCUUUUAUUCAGGCUUUAUCAAGAGGUACACCUUGUUUACUUGAAGAGAAAAAUCAUGUUUUACUUUACAUUUAAUGCUUCUUUGCUUCCUCAAAUCAUUUUUAUGAAAUUGGAAACCAAGAAAUGAAACUCAGACAUAAUUGCUUUGUGCAAUAUGUGUCAAAUUUAUGUUCAUCGUGGAGUGAAGAAAGGGUAAUCUUAUUAAAAAUGAUUUAAAAUGAGUUAAAAUAUUUCGUACUACAAUUUUGCCUAAUGAUAUUCUCUUAACUUUAAAAAUAUAAAUUUUUAUUGAUUAGCUAAGGGUGAUUGGAUAAGUAAACUAUUUUUGUGAUUUAUGCAUUAUUUAUCUUACAGAAAUUGAGUCAUUUAUAUGUAGGCUAGACCUUAAUGCUGUAGUAUAACAACUAUUUUAGAAAUCCAAAAUGCUAUUUUCGCAAUCUUGCAAAUAUUCCACAUUAUUUGAACUGUUUUCAUUUGUGAUGUUAUUAAGCAAUAUUCUGGUUAGUUUCAGCUAAACCACCAAACAUUGUUUUUUGAAUGCGGCUAUUUCAGCACAUUGUACACAAUCUGAAGGGAAGGUAAUUGGAUAGGAAAUAAAUUAGCUUUUGUACGCAAAUGAAUAUUAUUGCAAUUUCUCUAAAUGUCUUUCUGAGAUUUGAUACUAAACUUAUUAUGCUCCAUCAGGUUUCCUACUGUACAAAAAUAAAUAAAAACCACUACUUGACUGAAA